UUCUAACAACACUAUCGUAAUUUGAUAAAUUGACUUACUCGUAAAACAUACAGUUGUUAUUGUUCUCUCGCUAUUCGAGAGAUUCGUUUCCCUUUUUUCAUUUUUUUCCUCUUCUAAAAAUUAAAUUACAAUUUUAGUAAUUAAUACAAGUGAUAUGUGACAGUAUAUACGAUGGUUAUCAAUAACGUAAACGAUUUGUGAAAAAAGAGAAAAGAAAAAAACGAAAGAAAUAAUCAAGGAGAUUGGAGAAGAAGGAAAAGAAAAAAAGUGUUUGAACUAUUUUUCGAGUACGCUAUUUCUUUCGUUCCUUAUUUUUUCCCAUCGGUGAUAAAAAAGUGUUUCCACCGACGAGAAGUGUAAUAUCGAAAGAAGAUUAUAUCGUUCGUCUUCUCGAGAUCGCUCGUUGAGCGCGGGAACUUUUCAAAACGUUGGGAACGAUCCUUCAAGAUUCUCUCGAUGAUAUCUCCUUUAUAAUCUACAAGAAACUAAAUUUUUAAAUCGAGUUCGUCGUAUUUUCCAAAUCAAAUCAAUUCGUAUUGGUUUCGAUAUUCAUCAUUUAUCUCUCUAUCUAUCUCUCUCAAUGGCGAACGAUCGAAGUUCGUUCGAGGAAUAUGUUUGAUUUGAUAGUUUUCAAAGUCAAAGAAGAAGAAGAAGAAGAAGAUAAAGAAAAAAAAGAGAGAAAGAUAAAGAAAAAUCGAGAAAGAGAUAGAGAGAUAACGAAGGAAAAGAAAAGAAAGAGAUAAGGAAAGAGAAAAAUAUUUUUUUUCAAAAUCAAGAAAGAAGAAGAAGAGGAAAAGAAAUUUCGUUGAUCGUAGAAAAGAAAAAAGGAAUAGUAAUAGUAAUAGUAAAGAAGAAACAACAUCUAUAACAAUAAGAACAAGGACGAUAUAACAAUAACGUGCAACGUUACGGCAAGUUCGCGUAAAUCGUCGAGACGAGCGAUGACGCGAGAGUUUUAACGUAAGCGUUAGUUUAUUUCGGAUGUAUAUCACCGAGGAUGAUAGUGGGGAGGACGGCGGUUGCCGUCUGAUCUCCGUCCGUCAGUGCGUCGACGUCGACGGAACACGCGAGAACUCGUGGCCGGAAAAGAGACGAGCACCGCCACCACCAUCACCACCAUCACCACCAUUAACACUAUCACCAUCAUCUCCUCCUCUGUCUAUUCCUGCUUCUGUCUCACCUCUUGUUGCUCUAUCUGAUUCUGUUCCUUCCGAAUCGUCGUUAACGUCCAACGAUGCCCAAGAGAAAGAGAAAAUAAAGGAAAGAGGAUAUUAUUCGGAGGAUAGGAUUAUCACUGGUACCUCUGGUUUAUCGGACAAUUCAAAUGAAUCGUCACGGUCGAUGAAGAAAUUCGAUCUACGUUUGAAUUCGUCGAGAAUCAACAACAACGAGUCGAAGGAUCAACAACGUACGAUCAAUAUCAGCGAGGAUUUAUCAUCGAGAAGAAUAAAAGUUUCACGAUCGUUGGAUCUUCUCGACGAGGGUAAUAGUAAUAACAACAAUAAUAGUAACAAUAGGAACGUGGGGUUUACGUGCGAAGGAAAACGUACGACCAUACUGAAUCUGUGUUAUCGUGACACUUUGACACGAGCUACGAAGAACAACGUGACAAAAUCGUCAUCGUCGUCGUCAACAACGACGUCUUCCGUUCCAAAGAUCGUUCCUAAUAUCGAGCAACGUCGUUUACUAAGGCGUACGCUUUCGGCACCAGGCUCCGAAUCAACGAACGAGGAUUCCUCCUCUGAUAAUAUUUCUAAUUCGAACUUGAAAAUUAUCGACGAGAUCGUUCUCCAAUCGGCAACGAGAUAUCGUACGAGAAACGAAACGUUUUCAACGACUAAUACCACGAGAACCCGUGCCUCCUCGUUCGUUAUAGAACGAAGGAAACAUCGUAAGUGUUCUCGUCUCUAUUCCUCCAGAUCGACCGAGGAUCUAUCUACGAGGAUUAGAAGGAGAAACGAAUAUACGGAGUUUAACACGACGACGGAGGCCGAUGGAAUGCGGAACUGUAGCAACGCCGUCGCUGGCGUCGACGAGGACGAAGGAUGCGUCCUCGUUGGUGUACGUUCUUUGCUCGAGGAUGGUACCGGCCCAACCGAUACUCCUUUACGAUCUACUAACACGUUGAUAAACUCACGACAAGACGACAGAUGUACCAGAAGGGAUCGCGAACGUGCAAGGAUACUACGACGGCGAAGGAUCAAUGGAAGAUCGGCGUCGGUUCCUAGAUUAAACCGAUUUAUGGGUUACGUAAACGCUUAUAUUAUCUCUCGAUUAUCAACAAUUCGUCCGUGAUAAUGAAUGCACGUUCAGCUCGACCAUAUUAUGUGCACGUCUGAGUGCACGAGGGGAACGUUAAUAUGUGGAACAAUGCUUGUGUAGAUUUGUAUCAUCGAAAGGUGUAAAGAGAACAAACCGCAGUGUUCUUUUUCUUCUUCCUCUUUUCUUAUUUUUAUUGUUUAUUUAUCAAUUUUUUCCAAUCGGAAAAAAAGGUCACGGUCGCUCAAGAUUUACAAAAUAAUCAAUCAUUGAACAAUUCGAUCUGUCUAAGCGUAAAAGUAUACGUAAUAAGAGCGUAUUUAAAAAGAGGAAGUAAAGAAGAAAAAGACGAAGGAGAAGACGAGGAGAAGUUACUGGAAAGGUACAAAAAUAAAAAAAAAAAGAAUGAAAGAAAGAAAAUAGAGAAAAGAUGAAGAGGAAGAAAGAAAGAAAGAAAGAAAGAAAGAAAGAAUAAGAAUAUUCAGAAACGACUAUCUACGUGACGAAGUUCAAGAUGGAAGCUUUUCGACGUUGAAAGAUUAUUUCAUUCCCAAUGUUUUUGAAAAUAACAACGCGUACUCUCCUGUCAGUGAUAUUCUCGAAAAGGACAAAGAAACGAUAUCGGUAUUCCGAAGACGAAGUCGAAGGCCUCCGGUGAUCACGUGAGUUGGUUUUCGAAUAUACCGUUAAAAUCGCUUGAGAAGAUGGUAGAAGCCGAGUAAAGUCGAGAUGCUGCCAGUUACUUUGGUGAUUAACGAGAGAAUGCAGUUGGUUUUCCGUUGGAUACCAUAACUCUAAGGGUUCCUUGCUUCCUUUUACUAUAUUUCUUCCUUCCUUAUUUCCUUUUUAAUUUAUUAACGAAUUACAUUCGUUAUAUUGGUUGCUCGUCAACUUUAUGACCGACGCAUCCGCCAGCUCAGAAGUUUUGAUAUUUCCAAUUUUUUGUUCAUUUCAAUUUGAUAUAUAGAUAUAUAAAGUUUACGAUGUUAACAUAUGAUAGAUCGAAAUAAAAGAUAGAAGAUAUCAAAUGUUACGAUUUGUUACAUUCAACUAACAAUAGAUCGAGUCUAGCAAAGCACUUCCUAUUUCCUUGAUGAUUAUGAUCGAAAUCAUUUAUUCACUUAGCAUUUGCUUUAGACGAGCAUAUUCAUACUUACUACGCUAACGAUAAUCACAAUUAACAGGUAACGUUAUAUACAGAUAUACCUAUAUGUACGAGUACAUAUGUGAAUAUUAAUAUGUGAGAACGAUAACGGACCGAAUAUUAUUUUGUUUUUUUAACAUAUGUAGGAAAUUCCAUCCCAUAGGUGUGGUCACGUCUUGUAACUAUUCUCGAUUUUAUAUCGGACAUCCUUCAGAGACAUGAUUCGCACGUAAUAUUAUACAUUCCAUAUGAUUACCUUUGAUUCUAGAAUGCACCUAUAUUUCUUUUUUUUUUUCCUCUCCUGAUUUUUUC